CUGGCUAUGAUAUUUGACAGUGAAAGGAAAAGGAAAGAAGGUGAAAUAACUCAGCAGAUGAUAGGAUAAUUAUUUCUUCAAAAUCAACUACAGUACAUCCAUGAAAUAAGAAAUGUCUGAAUUGGUAGGCAGCUGUCAGCGUUAGUGGGUGAAAUUUGUAACCAUGUCAAAAUCCAAAGAUAAGAAAAAAUAAAACAUUCCUAUUAUCUUUAUGUACCAUUAUCUCAACGUAGGGACAUAGGGAGAGCAAGAGAAAUUUAGAGAGAUAGAGAGAUGGAAGAAAAUAAAGUUGCUGUUACUGGUGGUACUGGGUAUGUAGCAUCAUGGUUAAUCAUGAGGCUUCUUGAUCAUGGUUACUCUGUUCACACCACCAUCAGACCUGAUCCAGAGCAGAAGAGAGAUAUCACCUUCCUGACAAGCCUACCAGGAGCAUCAGAUAAGCUCAAAAUCUUCCAUGCAGAUCUUAGUGAUCCAAACAGUUUUGAUGAUGCUAUUAAAGGAUGUAUUGGUGUCUUUCAUGUGGCUACUCCUACCCCUGGCCAUUAUACUGAAGAACCUGAAGAAGUAGUUACCAGAAAAGCAAUAGAUGGAACAAUAGGGAUCUUAAAGGUAUGCUUGAACUCAAAAACAGUAAAGCGAGUUGUAUACACUUCUAGUACAUCAGCAGUCGAUUUCAAUGACAAGAAUGCACAAGUAAUGGAUGAAAGCUUUUGGAGCGAUGUUGAUUACAUUAAAGCCUUAAAUUCCUUUGCAAGCCCUUAUUGGGUUUCCAAGACGUUGGCUGAGAAAAAAGCUCUCGAAUUUGCAGAAGAACAUGGACUGGAUCUAGUGACUGUAAUCCCUUCUUUUGUUGUUGGUCCCUUCAUCUGUCCUAAUCUCCCUGCAUCAGUGGAGGCGGCAUUAGCUAUGAUUUUUGGUAAGUCGGAUCUGUAUAAUCUGCUGCGAAAUACAUCAAUGGUGCACGUUGAUGACCUCGCAAGGGCACAUAUCUUUCUUUUUGAACAUCCCAAUGCAAAAGGGAGGCAUAUUUGUUCUUCAGACAGGAUAACUAUCGAAGAAAUGUCCAAGUUUCUUUCUGCUAAGUAUCCACAGUUCCCAAUACCAACAGUAGAUUCUUUGAAGGAUAUUGAAGGAUUUCAAGGCCCUGCCCUGUCGUCCAAAAAACUCUUAGAUUAUGGUUUCAAAUUCAUGUAUGGACUUGAUGAAAUGUUUGAUGGAGCAAUUCAGUGCUGCAAAGAGAAGGGUCACAUCUAGUUUCUGCCAUUGCCUAAUAAGCCUAAGCCUAUGUAAUAGUUUCUUCUGAACAUUAUUUGAAAAACAAUAUUAUGUAGCUGUGUAAUGUUUCCAUAUUUAAAACUAGAACUGUUGCCAUUUGCUUA